CCGAUGGCAGCCUCGCGCGGCCUGCAAGACAAGAUUGAUGCCUUCGAGAAAAAGGCUGAAAACGCCGCCAUGGCCGCAGAAAACGACGGCCAGCAGCGCGCUGGGGCUCAGCCUGACAGCGCAGCCGAGGUUGUCGCCCCGGCGUCAGGCUCCGGGAACACUGCGGAUGAACCGGCCGCCACGGACGUCCCUCGGCGACACCAGCUGCUGGCGCGCACUCUCAUGAAAGCGUUCAAGUCUGCUGAUAAAACGUCUAUGGGGAUUACGACGCGGUCACGUAUCAUAUGCGGAUGCCCCGAGACGCCAGAAAGAGGCUUGCUUCGUCGCAGCAGGCUGCGGCAGGCCGCGGGAGACGGAGCCGCCACCACGCAGCCAUCUCGACAGAUGAUCGUACUGCGGGGCCUGGUGGCGCUGGCCGCUUUCCUGGCGGCCGCUUCUUUCCUGCUUAGCGCCAUGUUCCUGGCACAGUCGCUACGCUCCGAGCGCACCCGCCAGAUGCAGAAGGUGGUGGUCGCACCGCCGGCGCCCAAGCAGGCCCCGGUUGCGUACAUGCCACCUGUACAAGAAGCCAACGCGGAGGCGGUCCACGAGAAGCGGCACAAGCGUCGUCACAGCAGACGCAGGCGAUUGCCACCCGUAGAGCUGCGAGCGCCGGCGUCCGGUACUCGUCAACACGAAGACGACGUGAUCGACGCCGAAGACCCUAGCAUCGCCUGA